UUUGCAGUUUCUCUGACUACGCCUCCUUGAGCACUCUGUUCAAAUUUGAAAAUUUUGUGAACAGAAGCGCUGCUCCAUAGUUGGCCAGUAUGUGCACCAUCUACAACCGUCCUGAGGAGAUCUACGCGUGGAACGCGGUGGACGUGCGCGACAGCAGUGGUGUAAUGCAUCACGGCAGAAUCAUCAACGUGGUGAGUAACGGCCUAAUCGUAGAUUUCGCCUGCCCCGGACGACGGGCCGAUCUGGUGGAGUACAGUACCGCAUUCCGUUGUCUUCGCAACGUGUACAUCACCCUCACCGAUGACAACGCCUGCGCACUGCAGCACUAUAUUGCCGUUGAGCGCUACCAAGAAGCCGACCCACAGAAUGUGGAACUGCAGGUGUUGGCCCGUGUAGAUGCCAACCACCCCUGGACGUGGUACCCCGUCGAAUUGAUCUACCCGCGAUUAUUCUGGCAGCGCUACCUUUUUGUGGAAAUCCGCUUGGGCGAGGGGCGCGUGGUGCGGCAGAUGAUACGGGCGCAUUCCGUGCGCUGGCGCCUUGUGCACCCCAUCCCCUCCGAGAAGGCAUGCGUCAUCGAGCCCUACAUGUUCGUUGCGUGCGGCCUGCCGUUGCCCGCUGACUACUGGGGCGGCGAGCCCGUUGCCGCGCCGCUGUGGGAUGCUUGGAAGGAGGCUGUCGAGGCGUCCCAGCAUGCCGUAUGGCCAGUGUGCGUCAUCGGGGGCAUGGUGGUGUUCCUGCACUGUUUAAUCGGCUGCCCGCUCACGUUGCAAACCACAGACUUGGACCAGUUACUGUCCGAAGCCAAGAGGCGGGUAGCUCAGCAGUCAGUCGCAGCGAUGACACCACCCCAGCCGUCCUGCGCCCCGCCUCAGUAUGAACCCUUGCCAGUGCUGCCGGCUGCCGUCGUAGACCACAUUUUUCACCUACUGGACAGCGCCCAGCGUGCCCGCUGUCGGCGGGUGUGUUCGCUGUGGAACGGUCUACUUGAGCAUCCGAACAAGGAAGUCAUCGUGGGAUUUUCUCAUCAGCGCUGCGUUGAUGAGCGCGGCAAAGCCAUCACUCCCCACGAGGCCGAGUGGCAGCGCUCUGCGUACAUGGUGGGGCUGAGUUUGUGGCGCUGUGUAACUGCCAGAACGGAGCGGAUUGUCAUUAGUAAUGCGACGUACCAGAGCGAUGUCAAUGAAGGCCUGGCUGACUGUCUGCGGCUAAUCGAGUACAUCCACAUGGAACUGCCGCCUAGCGGGACGACGCUGACACUCAUCGUGCACAAAUUCCACUGGAAUGUCCGCAAUUGGCGGAACAGUGGUCUGGAUUGUCUGGUGCCUAUGGUGAGAGUCAUCUGGAGGGACUGCACGUUCUCCGGUCCCGGCGAGCACUUCCAAUGGCAGCCCAUUGUAUACGGUGUCAGCCGCACGCGUGACGCGACACGGAGCGGGCGCGACGUGGGCCUGUUUGGCGUGGUGGAGGCCAGUCUGCCGGAACUUGGGGAAGAUGCCGCGCGGGUGUGGAACUGGAUAGCGGAUGCGGACUGCGAAGGAGCCGAUCCUGGGCAUCGCGAGCGCAUUUUUCAGGUUCUGGAAGACUGCCAGAGUUGGCACGAUAUUCGGGAUUUUUAUCCGGACGACAGUAUAACUUUGGGGGACGGGACGCUGGAAGUACUGCGAAAAUAUAGGUUGGCUGGUUUGAGCAAGCUGACGCAGUGCGGUCUGCAGCGUGAGAUGGUUCGCGGACAACCGGCUCGGGCUGAUUAAAGUUUUCUAGCCUCCACGCCCACCCGCGGACGGUGUUCGAAUGGCUGCAAUGGGUCUAUGGCGUUCUAUUAUGGGACUCCGUGAUCGAAGACAAAACAUUCGUAAAUCCCGUCGCAGCUGCGCUAAAAAUCUCCCGUUUGCCGUACUCCAAUUUUUUUUUGAGA